GAACACCCGGCCGCAGGCAGGGCCCCGCCAUCACAACCAAACGUCCCCUUCAACAUACAGCAGUGAACCACCACUGCGACCCAAAAACCAAGAUGGCGCCCUCCCAAAAACGAAAGAAUCUCGACGACGACUUCAUCUUUACCAUCUCAGACAAUGACGAGCCUGAAAUUCUUGAGGAAGAAGUGGUCGACGCUGCUCUGUCCUCUGGUUCGCGGCCGUUCAAAAAGGCCAAGACCGCUUCCGCCGAGAAAAAGAAUAAGAAACAGAACAGAAAAAGAAGACAGCAAGCCGCCGUAGGCGACCAAGACGACAAUGGAACGGCAGCACCAGAAGAAGAGGCUUCCGGCCUGUGGGGCACCAAUGACGCUGACGACGGUGCGAUGGACUCCGAAUUUGAGUUUGCGCUGGGCGGGGCCGACGCCGUGUUUGACGUGGGCGAGUUCGAGGGGUGGGGGUUUGAGGGUGCAAAGAAGGGCAUGAAUGGUGCCGGGGAGGCAGCAAAGAAGGGGGUGGAUCUGGAUGAGAUUAUUCGGCGGAGGAGGGAGAAGAAGGAUGGGAAAGGGGCCUCUUCUGGGAAACAAGAACAGGAAGACGGUAGAGAGGAAGAUAGGCAGGAUCAGGACGACAUGGAUGCGGAACUGGAUUUGGAUGAGGAGGUGCUGGCUGAGGAUGCGUUCGGAAUGGGGGUUGGGUCGGAUGUGGACGAAGAGGAGGCGGAGGAGGGCGACGAGGACGAGGACGGGGAUGCUGGGGAGGGAGAGGUACAAAAGGAUGAAGACGGCGAGGAGGCUGCAUCGGACGACGACUCAGUUACUACGCCCCUGCAACAUCCCGAAGAUGAAGGCGACUUCGAGGACGACGAUGAAGAGGAUGCCGAGGAAGAGGCCAAGCGGAAGGAGUUCUUUGCUGCGCCUGAAGAGACGGAAAAAUCGGGCAAGAAGGGCGAAUUGUCCUCCUUCCAGGCCAUGUCUCUGUCGCGGCCUAUCUUGAGAGGUCUUACUUCGGUCGGCUUCACAAAACCAACCCCAAUUCAGGCCAAGACAAUUCCUAUUGCACUGAUGGGCAAGGACGUCGUGGGUGGUGCGGUUACUGGUUCAGGCAAGACGGCUGCUUUCGUGGUGCCCAUCCUGGAGCGACUGCUGUACAGGCCCAAGAAAGUGCCCACGACAAGAGUCGUCAUCCUGACACCGACCCGCGAAUUGGCCAUUCAGUGUCACUCGGUCGCUACGAAGCUAGCAAGCCACACAGACAUCAAGUUCUGUCUUGCUGUCGGCGGUCUGAGCCUGAAGGUCCAGGAGGCAGAGCUGCGGCUGCGGCCGGAUGUGGUGAUCGCCACACCUGGUCGUUUCAUUGACCACAUACGGAACUCGGCCAGCUUUGCCGUUGAGACGGUUGAGAUUCUCGUACUCGAUGAAGCCGACAGGAUGCUCGAGGACGGCUUCGCGGACGAGCUGAACGAGAUCUUGACAACCCUGCCCAAGUCGCGGCAGACGAUGCUCUUCUCGGCCACCAUGACAUCGUCCGUCGACAAGUUGGUUCGCGUCGGCAUGAACAAGCCCGCCCGGAUCAUGGUGGACUCGCAGAAGAAGAUAGUCGGCACGCUGACACAAGAGUUUGUACGACUGCGGCCGGGGCGCGAGGAGAAGCGCAUGGGCUAUUUGGUGCACAUCUGCAAAACGCUUUAUACGGAGCGCGUCAUCAUCUUCUUCAGGCAGAAGAAGAUUGCUCACCGAACCCGCAUUAUCUUUGGUUUGCUAGGGCUUUCAUGCGCAGAACUGCACGGCAGCAUGAACCAGGCUCAGCGUAUUGCCAGUGUUGAGGACUUCAGGGAUGGCAAGGUGAGCUUCCUGCUCGCCACGGAUCUAGCUUCUCGUGGUUUGGAUAUCAAGGGCGUCGACACCGUCAUCAACUACGAGGCCCCGCAGACACUCGAGAUCUACGUUCACCGUGUGGGCCGUACUGCUCGUGCCGGCCGCAGCGGUGUCGCCAUCACCCUUGCAGCAGAGCCCGACCGUAAGGUCGUCAAGGCAGCCGUCAAGACCGGCAAGGCACAAGGCGCCAAGAUCAUCAGCCGAGUAAUCGACCCCGCGGACGCGGACAAGUGGCAGGCGCAGGUGGACGGGAUGGACGAGGAGAUUGAAGAGGUACUCCGCGAGGAGAAGGAGGAGAAGCAGCUCGCGCAGGUCGAGAUGCAGGUGCAGAAGGGCGAGAACCUGAUCAAGUACGAGGAAGAGAUCAAGUCACGGCCGAAGCGGACGUGGUUCGCGACCGAUAUGGAUAAGAAGGCGGCAAAGGAGGCCGGCCGGGCCGAGCUCAACGGCCUUCGGGAGGCCAUGAAGAAGAAAGGAGAGGGCAAGCUGAGCAACAAGGACAAGAAGAGGCUUGACUCUAAGGCGGAGAGGGGCGCUGGGCUGUCGUGGAAGAAGGGCCGGGCCGAGAGGGAUGGCAAAGGGGCGGUGCUGAACGUGAAAAAGGUGAAGAAGGCCAAGCUGAAGAGGCCGGCGGGGAGGAAGGGGAGGAAGUGAAAUAUAACGAUACUUGCCGAUGUUUACUAAUUGUCGAUAGGCCAAGUCCAAUCUACCUGAUAUCAACGCCUGUGCAUCUCCUUGGAGUAGCUAAAUCAUAAGCCUCCAACAGCUCCCAGGCGGCCCCCUUGAGAUCAUUUUGCCCGCCAAAAGGACGAAAUGAAACCAAUGCCCAGAGUGUUCUCCUUUGACAGCAUGUAUUUCAGCGUAUCAAAGGGUAACUUGGUGUGGAUGACG